CUUAAUUAUUAUCCCACACGAUUAUUAGUGACUUUAGUGGACGUUGCGCGUUGCAAAUUGCAAUAGUGCAUAGUGACGUUAUCAUCAAAAAAACGUCCAUCGUCCAUCAUCUCUCUUUAGUCUAGUCGUUUGUACAAAUGGUUAAAAAAACGGCUUGAGCAGAAAAUUGCUUGAGCAAUUCGAGUGUGCAAGACAGAAACAGUAAAUGAUUCCACUGAUUGUUAUUGUUGGAUAAGUACCGACAAAAUCUGUCAAACACGUUAAUCACUUAUUUUCUCAGUAAAACUGCAUGUGGUCAACUCACAAAGCAUUGUGGAAUGGACAUCAAACCGAGUAUUACUCAACAAAACCCUAUGGAUUUAGAAGACCAAGAAAAUGAGUUGAUUGUCCUAGAGAGCAUUCUGGAUAAGGACCAAUUUGUGUAUAAUCGUGUUUCAGAUGUUCUUCCUUCCGGACAAGUUCAGAUUGAUGUCGAACUCCCCAAGGAAUUUAGCAUCCUUUUGAAAUCAUCUCAAAACGUAACGCCACCCUCGGAAGGGGAAAGUUCGCUUGGAUUGAAUGGAGACGCUCUGCGACAGAGACAACCACAAACGGCGGAAGUGAGUUAUCUUCCACCCAUUACACUCUUAUUCACCCUACCUCGAAACUAUCCCUCCGAGGAAGCUCCCUUGUACACGUUGCAGUCAAAUUGGCUGGAUCGUCAUACGUUGUCUCAAUUAUGCAGCUCACUGGACUGUAUUUGGACAAAGAAUCAGGGAACUGUGGUUCUAUAUUCUUGGAUAAGCUUCCUACGUGAGGAGACCUUGAAGAUUAUCGGCUGUGAUAAGCAGUAUGAAGUUGCUCUUCAUCCUCGUAGAAUUCGACACAAUGGGAGUUUCAAAGAGGUUGCGACUGAAAGUCAGGCAAUUGCGGAUUGCUCAAAACCUCCCUCCGGACUACGACUUAGGCCCAGGUUAAACCAUCAUCAUAAUCAUAACCACCGACACAUGGAAUGCCCAUUAGAUCAAAGGGCCGUGUUUGUCAACUCUUCCGCAAUGAGGGAUAAAGAGGUCUUGUUCAACUUCCUCAUUGAGUACAAUAAGGAAAGAGAAGAAAUUGAGUUCAGAAAACAGUUUCAUACAUGUGAUGUUUGUUUCACGGAUAGAGCAGGGACAGACUUUAUACGACUCAAUUGCGGCCACUCGUUUUGUAAAGAAUGCAUGCGGGGAUGUUACACAACCCAUAUCAAGGAAGGGGGAAUUGAUGCAGUCAAGUGUCUCGCUGUCAAGUGCACUGGAAUGCCAAACCUCGCGCAAGUUCACGAACUCGUCGGACAAGAAUUAUUCGACAGAUAUGACGGAAUUCUACUUCAACGUGCGCUCGAGGGAAUGACUGAUAUGAUUUAUUGCCCUCGUGCUCAAUGUGGGAAACCUGUCAUUUUGGAAGCGAAUGAAAAACUGGCUUGGUGCUCUCAUUGCUCGUACCGAUUUUGUUCCAUUUGUAAAAUGGUUUAUCAUGGAGUCGAGCCUUGUCGUUUCAAAUCUGAUGAAAAACAAAAACUGUUUGAGACUUAUUCAAAUGCAUCCAAAGAAGAAAAAUUGGUGAUGGAAAAGACUUAUGGGAAAAAGCAGUUGGCGUUGUUGGUAGAAUCGACUUUAUCCGAAAAGUAUAUCGAGAAACAAAGCAAGCCAUGUCCACAUUGCAAGAUUCCGAUUGAGAAAUUCGAAGGAUGCAACAAAGUUACUUGUACUAAAUGUGGCGCCUAUUUCUGCUGGAUGUGCUCAAAACAAUUGGACAAAGGAAAUCCCUAUUUUCACUUCCAGGACACAUUAUCCCCUUGUUAUAACCUACUCUUUGAAAAUGCGGGUGGAGAUUUUGAUUCUGAUGACGACUUUGAAUUUAGCGACGACGACGAUGACGAUGACGAUGAUUGGGUUUGAAGGUUCACGGCUGAUGAUAACCAAUGCUACAUUUAAAAAUAUAAUCCAAUACAAGAUGUCAAAAUUGUGAGUUAAUUUAAAUUUAUUAUCAACUACUACUACUGUCUCUCUCUACGUUACAUCGCACUGUCAACUGUAAACAAAACAUCAUUGUAAACGAACUCAAUUACAAUAUUAUUGGAAAAAGUGGCAAAAACGUGCCUUGUGAUAGAAAAUAUAUAUGAACUCGUUCUUCUACCCUCGACAUUGUUAUAAAAUAUAUCCAUAUAUUCAUACGUAAAAAAAUUAUUCGUAGCGAAUAUAAACUGUUAUGUCCAUAAAAAUGUAUCAAAAUGCAACAAUAAUUACAAUUUCAUCGUAUUGUUAAGUAAUAUAUAUGACUUGAAAGAAUGAUAAUAAAUUUUCCAAUUUGGUUUCCUUAAAG